CCUUUCGCGGCGAGUGUAUCCUUGAGGAUACACAAUGCGCAGGGCGGAUGUAUCCUUGAGGAUACAUGAUGCGCAGGGCGAGUGUAUCUUUCAGGAUACAUAAAUAUUGUCCCAAUGAAAACCGCAAUUUUACGGUAUUUGCCGUUCUUAACAGUUAAAAUCAAUGCUUCAAUCAAAAUCUACGAUACCUGAGGGUCAUAUUUUAGUUCUUCAGCAGCAUUAAUAACAUCGUGAAAGGUAAAUAAAUCAAAUCGGAAAAUUUUAUUUUCUAAAAUUAGAACCGGAAACACGUUUUGAGGUCAUGUGAGGAUUCAAAAUGGCUCCUCUCGAUAACAAGCAGUGGAAGUACGGCUGUUUUCGCUCUUUUAAAGGAGCCCUUCACAUUUCAUAGGUAUUGUUGGAUAUAUAAUAAUAAUAAAUGAUUCAAUAUAUAUUUAUAAAUAAUGAAAGCGAUCAUUGGUAGGCCCUUUUCCCCACAAGUAGGCACAAGACAGGUAAGACUUGCAUGUAGUUUUAAUUUUUUGUCACCGGUUUCGAGGGGAAAAGAUAAUUGGGUUUGGAAUGUACGGGAAAAUGCACGAAAUUAAUUAAGGAAGUACAAGUUCGUCUGCUACUAUUGCAGUCUAAAAAUGUCGUCAGACGAAUCUGACGGCGACUUUGAAGGGUUUAGUGAAACUGAUGUUAUAAAUGCCGAACAAGAGGUUUUGGCCGCUGAGGAAAGGUUGCGAGUUAUUUUGAGUGAACAGGGGAUAGGGGAUGAUAGUGAUGGAGAUCUCAAUGAGUCUGAAAAUGAGGAUGAAGGGGAGGAGGAGGUGCAUAUUGAUGAGAGAGGAGAUGGUGGCGAUGGAUGGCACUCUAGGUUUGAUAUUUAUGAAAGGGGUCUACCACAUUUAUUUACCCCUCGUGGCAAUACUGGGCCAAGUCGCGUCAUGGGUGCUGAAAAGGAAGUCUUAGAUUUUUGGCAACUGUACAUGGGUGAUCAAUUUCUUGAGUUUCUUAUUAACCAAACUGAUAGUUAUGCCAACUAUAACAUUCAGCACAGGCCAAACGAUAACAAAAUGCCUUGGAGUAUCCCAACUUUACCAGAAAUUAAAGCAUUUCUUGGUCUAACCUACCAAAUGGGAAUAAAUCGCAAACCAUCUACUAAAUUAUAUUGGUCAACCGAUCCAGUUAUGGUCACCCCAAUAUUUUCAUCAACAAUGACCAGAGACAGAUACACCCAAAUAUUGCGGUACCUCCAUUUCUCUAACGUUGCAAAUGAACCUAGACAAGGAGAACCAAAUUAUGAUCCUUUAUAUAAAAUUAAACCUGUAGUUAACCAUUUAAAUAAUAAAUUUGGUUUAGAAUAUAUACCAAAAAGAAAUGUCACCAUUGAUGAGUGUAUGGUACCUUUCAAAGGGAGAACAUUAUUGAAACAAUACUUACCAAGUAAACCACAUAAAUGGGGCGUAAAGGUUUGGAUGCUGGCAGAAUCUGCCAACAGCUACAUACAAUAUAUAGAUGUGUAUCCAGGUAGAACAGUUAGAACAGAGGGCAGUCUGGGUUCUUCGGUGGUAAAGAAUUGUUUAGAAGGUGCAAAUAUUGCAGGUCAGGGCUAUCAUGUUUAUACCGAUAACUUUUUUACAUCGCCUAACCUUUAUUUAGAGUUGUGGGAGAAUUAUGACACAGCUGCAUGUGGAACAGUCCGUAACACUAGGGCAGGUUUGCCAAAAGAUAUCAUGUGUAAAAAGCCAGUUAAUGUUGUAACUCGUGGAGACCAUCAAUUCAGGCAAAAAGGUGCUUUGUUAGCGGUAUCUUGGAAGGACAAAAAAACUGUAUCAGUAUUGUCAACAAUACACAAUGAAAGCAUUGGUCAAGUUACUCGCUCAGUAAAUGUUGACGGCCAAUUUGCAAGACAGGAGUUUAAUUGCCCAUCUGCUAUUGUUGACUACACUUGUAAUAUGGGUGGUGUUGACAAAGCAGAUCAAUACAUUCAGUAUUACUGUUAUCACCAGAAAACCUUAAAAUGGCCAAAAAAAGUAUUUUUUAGUCUACUUGAGAUGGUUAAAUUUAAUGCCUACAGAUUAUUCACAUUAAGUCCAAACCAUUCUUCAAACCUCACAUUCCUUCAGUUUUCUUGUUUGCUGAUAAAAGGAUUGAUCAAUGGAUAUUCUGCCGGGGUACGGAGAGGAAGGCCAUUACUUGCCCCUGAUCAGAGAUUGAUUCAAAGACACAUGCCUACAACUUUAAAUAGUAAAGGCAGGUGUCAUGUCUGUUACAUGAGACAGAAGAAUGGCAAGCAAGACAAUAUAAGACAAACUAAAUAUGGGUGUUCAGUAUGUGGCAAACACCUCUGUAUGCCUCAAUGCUUCACAAUUUACCAUACAGAGAAGAAUUACUGCUAGACUGACUUUGUGUUCUUUGUUUAAUACCGUUUAUUGUUCCAGUUUUAUUCAUGGAUUUGUGUUAUAACUUUUAAACUUUUUUCAAAUUGACCUUUAAUUAACUGAAUAAUCAUGACAAUUGGUGUAAAAAAUGUGAGGAAAAGCAAGAGAAUUACAAAGAAAUAAUCCUUGAGGGAAUGGCACACAAUUCAUAGGUGAGUCACUGAAUGUUGGUUGUUUUUUGUUCUUGUUCGUUUAAAUCUUAUUGUUGAAAAUUUAUAAAUUAUUUUGAAGACUUUAGUUAUACAUGUACUGAUAAAAAAAAAUAUCUUUCAGUUCCAGUACAUUUAAGUUUUGUAACUUGAUAUGGUAAAAAAACCUGCACUGAAUGAUCAAGAAUUGAGAA